AUCAAAGCAAACUGUGGCUCGUGUGUACGAUUUACCAGUUACAACGUGUGUGCGAAGCGGUCGAAUUCUUGCGAGGUGAAUUGUCGUCUUAGUUCGCGCCUUAUGUACACACGUUCUAACUGGUAAGUUGUACUCACACUAUACUCGCAUCAACGAAUAUAUGACCGAAGUAGCAACUGGUAAAAUGUGCUGUGUACCAGCCAAAAUUCUGAUUACGAGCAUCGCUGAGAAACAGGAAUUGCUGUUUGUACCGUGUGGCCAUAGGUCAGUCUAUCAAAUAUACCGUUUUAAUUGUCGUAAGUUUCCGUGUCGCCGUGAAAUUGGUUGGACAUUGACAUUGAUUGGAUCGUCAAAGGUGAAAAUGGCUGAAGAAACGGAUUUGCAACAUUUGCUUCAAAAUGCGGAUCAAUUAUUCGAUGAAAAUCAAUAUCAAGAGGCGAUUGAUCUGUUGAAAAAAUUCCCGAAUCAAUCGGAUGCAAAUAUUCUGUGGCGUGAAGCGCGCGCCUUAUUUAAGUUGUCGGGAACAAACAAAGCGAAGAAAGAGGAAAGCAUUCGUGAGGGCUAUGAAUUGAUACAAAAAGCAUUGGAAUUGGACGAAAACAAUUACGCUUGCCAUAAAUGGAUGGCCGUUUUGCUGGAUGCUAAGAGUGAAUUGGAUGGGAUAAAGGUGCGCGUUGGUCAAUUGGCAAAUGUGAAGAAGCAUAUGCAAAAGGCCGUUGAUUUAAAUUCGGAAGACCCGACCAACUGGCAUUUGCUUGGUAAUUUCGCAUUCGGUUUGGCUGAUAUGCCAUGGUAUCAGCGAAAAAUUGUGUCAGCCAUUUUCGCAACGCCGCCGACUGGUACAUACGAAGAGGCGCUGGACUAUUUCCUCAAAGCCGAGGAAAAGAAAGCCAAUUUCUAUUCAAUGAACCUCCUCUUCAUCGGAAAGUGCUAUUACAAUAUGAAGAACAACGAAAAGGCCAAAGAAUUCAUCACCAGAGCAGCUAACGUUCAAGUUGUGAACGAGGAUGACAAGAAAUGCAAGGAAGAAGCGACUGCUCUAUUAAAAAAAUUGUAAUCACAUGUAUUUUUUUAACGAAUGGAAUGGUUCGGUAUAUUUUUCUAAUAAUGUCAUUGAAUAAAGCGUGUGUGGGUGUUUUAACGGAUAAACAA